AUGUCGCGAGAUGAUCUUGGAAAUCGUUUUAUUGACGAGUCUUCAUCUGGACACGUCUCUGAUGACGACGAAGUUGAGUUAAGAAAGGACAAAACAAGUGUUAAAGACAUGAUACUACGUUUUGAAAAAACUGGUAUUAGUCUCAGUGGUUCUUGUGAAUCCCUUGAGCGGUCAAGGGACGCUAUGUUAGGUAGUUUAACUAGUGUUGUAAACCCAAUACACCUUCAUUUUCAUCAUCUCUGCCCAGUGCCUAGAUCUCAAGACAGGAAUUCGAAUGUGUCUGUGAAUUCUAUAUUAUCAAACGUGUCGGAAAUCAGCUGUGAAUCGAGUUCGUCGGGUUUUGUAUCAGAUAGGAAAUCUUCUUCUCUAAAGCCUCAUCGGCCAGCACCUCCACCACCCGAGCCCUUUAACGAUGAUUCUUCUUUAGAUAGUAAGUCCCCAGUACCAGAAGAACCAGCAGCAAUUGAGAGGCGCUACUCUUUCACGACGCCUUCCUCAUCACCUGUAGUACUGCGACGUUCAAGACAACCGCCCGUUAUUCGACGGAAAUCUUCAAUAGGGAGUCAAGUGCGAAUAGGAGAAACCCAUUGGUCUUAUGGUGUUAAACAAAGUGACUUAGAAAAAUUACUGAGACUAAAAUUGUCCGAACCUUCUGACAAUGAAGACGAAAUAAAAGCUAACGACGAAACAAGUACUGAGAGCUCAUCAAAUGAAAGCAGUAGUGAUGAUACAACAGAUAGUGAAAAAGUAGAAACUGGCGAAGAAUAUAUUAUUAAUAUUGACGACGGUAGAACAGACACUUUAUCGACCGAUCAAUCUACUGAUACUUUAAUUAAUGAUUAUGAAAGUGAUGAUGGGGAGAAUUUAUCUGUUGCUUCUGAGGAACAGUGUAAUUUUGACAAUGUUAGUAUCAAGUCUAUAUCAUCUCUGGACAUGGUACCGUAUCAGAAAUAUGAUAGUAUUACAGUGUCUUCCGACGAGUUUGGCUCGGAGGUAUGCCAUGCACCAGAUACAGAAUUCCUUACUGUUAGUGCUGUGAACGAAUGGUGUAUUUCAAAGUCCUCAGAACCGGUUUUAAUGCCGGUUCAAUCUAAGAAGGAGAAAUAUCGAAGACGUUUGAUGGAGCGGGUUAAUGAAUUGCUGCAUACGGAAAACGUCUAUGUGGAACGUUUGAGACACGUCGUUGAAGAUUAUAUUCCAGAGAUGAUGAGGGAAGACAUACCGCCUUCGCUUAAAGGCAUGAAACCGGACAUAUUUGCCAAUAUUGAACGGAUAUGUCGCUUUCAUGCGGAAGAGUUCUUACCGGCAUUAAGGGACUGCGAGAAUGAUCUAAGAAAACUUGGCCAGUGCUUUCGGAGAUUUGAACAAAGGUUUAAUAUGUACGUGAUGUAUUCUAGAAAUAAUAAGAGAGCCACAAGACUGGUAUAUGAAAAUAAACAAUUCUUUCAGGAACGACAAUUACAGCUAGGCGAUAGGUUAGACCUUUCAAGUUAUUUAUUAGAACCCAUUCAAAGGAUACCGAGGUAUAAAUUGUUUUUGGACGAUCUUGUGAAAACUUAUACUAAUUAUGAGAAUGAGAGGUGUGAGUCAGACUCGAGAAUUUCUAAGUUAAGUGUAGACAGUGACGAAACGGGUGGAAGUAAUGGAGAGUCAUCCGAUUCGGAAGAAACGCCUUUGGAAAGUUUGAAGCUAGCAAAAACUAUGAUUGAGUGCGUCUUAACAGCGGUUGAUGAUAUAAUGGCCCUAGAAAACAUAACAGAUUGUCCGGCACAUUUGAACCUGCUUAACCAGGGUCGAUUGCUGCUUCAGAAUGAAUUUUAUGCUAUGGACAACGCUCGUCGACGCCGUCAGCUAAUGCGAGUGUUCCUCUUCGACAAGCUCGUCCUUAUAACGGCAGUAUAUAGGAAGCAAUUAACAGUUGAGUUCUUCAUAUACAAAGAUCAUAUCCCAGUAGAUGAUCUGGGCAUUACGGCGAAAGAACACGACCAAUAUAAAUUCAGUAUUUGGUACAAGAAUAGAAACCUUAAGUCAUACAAAUUUGAGACCAGGGAUACGAAAAUAAGGAACACAUGGGUUGAAGAAAUUACAUCGUUACUUUGGGAGCAAGCGAUGCAAAAGAAAGAACUAUUGUUGCAACAGCGUAAAAAAAGAAUAUCCAUGGUGUCCAUGGAUAGCCAGGAAUCGACGGAGACUGAUCGAAAUGAUGAUAAGUAUAACUCUCUCCGUGGUGUUCCUGGUGAAGUUCGUAGAUCGGGAGAUAAAAAAUUCAGAAGGACGACGUGGUACUGCGAA